AUGAAUGCUCAGGUAAUUCACUGCCAUGUUGUUUGUUCGAUUACAGCUAACAGUUUUGCCUUAAGUUUUGUUUAUGGAUUUAAUACAAUUGUAUUGAGGAGACCACUCUGGGAAAAUCUUAUUCAGUACAGUCUGCAGACAAAUUCCCCUUGGCUGGCUAUGGGGGAUUUUAAUUGUGUUCUUAAAGCUGAUGCGAAACAGAAUGGGGUCCCUGUAACAAAUUAUGAUAUUAAGGACAUUAAUGAAUGUUUUUGUGAUGCUGGCCUCUCAGAUCUAAAUUCUUCUAGUUGCUACCUCACAUGGACAAAUGGAAAUGCUUGGUGCAAACUUGAUAGAGUUGUGGUGAAUCUGAAUUGGAUUAAUGCUGGUUUUGUAGUACACACAAAAUUCCAUUUCCCUGGAUUACUGUCGGAUCAUUCCUCUUGCAAUGUAUCUUUGUUUAAGGAAGAAAAUUAUGGUAAAAGACCAUUCAAAUUUUUCAAUAUGUGGGUGAACCAUAGUAAAUUCCAGGAGGUAGUAAGGAAAGGGUGGGAUCUUGAUGUUCAGGGUCACAUUCCGUUCAGAAUUGUUAAAAAAUUGCAGGCUCUGAAACAACCAUUGAGAGAUCUGAAUGCUCUUCAUUUCUCUCACAUCACAGCCAGGGCAGAUAAAGUUGUGGAGGAAGUUAUGGAAAUUCAAAAACUUCUUCAUAAUGCAACUGUGUAUGUGGAAUUACAAAGGAAACUUAUAUUGAAGAAAGAUGAGGCUAACAAAAUUGUUGAGGAAAACAAACUAUUUUUGGCUCAAUUAGCGAAGGCCAAAUACCUUAGAGAUUCUGAUAAAAGCACCUCCUUCUUCCAUGCUCUUAUGCGAAGGAAGGUUAACAGAAACCAUAUCACAGUAGUUAAAAAAAGUAAUGGGGAUAGAACAGUCUCUCAACAGCAGAUGGUGGGGCAAUUCUUGGAUUUCUAUAAAAAACUUCUGGGUGAGGAAAUGAUCACUGAAUCAGUUGAUCCACAGGUGGUUGCCAAGGAAAAUUAA